GGACACACCUCCGCGGGCAGAACAAGCUACGUGCAAAACUGCAUAUAGUGACUUUGCAUCCAUUUUUGAGUCUUUUAUCAAUUGACAGGUCGUGGAUAGAUACAGUUGUUCAUGCUCAGUAGACAAAAUGACUUCUAUAGUUCUGUUCUCAAUAAACAGGGCAGCCAGAUCAACGCCAAGACUGUGCCAAGUGUCCCGCUCUGCGCAUGGUACAGCGGAUUUCCACUCUUUCGUAGCCCGCAACUCUACUCUGCGUAAAUGCGCCUUUCUUCCGGGAGUAAAAUGGUCAUUCGUAAGAACGGGAACGAGACAGAUGUCUCAUGGAUCGGCGGGGUCGAUCUCACUCGGACGGUACAGUAAAGGUGUAUUUCUGGCAGCCGGGGCCGCAGCUGUCACUGGUGUUCUGGUGGCAGGUGUGAGUCACUUUCAGCGGGCAGAAAUGGCUACGAAGAUAUCCAAGGUUGAAGAUGAGGAGGGUGACAUAAGGGAGAGAUGCAAGUCGUUCAUGUCUCCACCAGUCACUGACAUCAAGGUCUUGGAGCAGAGAAAAGACGCGAUGUCCACGAGAAUGGAGAUGCUGAUCAUGGAGACGCAGGCUGCAUUCUGUAAAGCACUCGAGGAGGUGGAUGAAGGCACAUUUAGGGUGGACAGAUGGAGUAGAAAAGAAGGUGGUGGCGGCAUCAGCUGUGUGAUGCAAGAUGGGAAGGUUUUUGAGAAAGCAGGGGUGAACGUGUCUGUGGUGUUCGGGAAUCUCACAGAAGAGGCUGCCAAGCAAAUGCGCAGCCGUGGAAAAGUUCUGAAAGGGAAAGAUGGUAAGCUGCCAUUCUGUGCCAUGGGCGUGAGUUCAGUUAUACACCCUAAAAACCCCCACAUUCCUACAGUGCACUUCAACUACAGAUACUUUGAGAUUGAGGAAGCAGAUGGCUCAAAGCAGUGGUGGUUCGGUGGAGGAACAGAUCUGACUCCUGUUUACAUUGAUUUGGAAGAUGCUGCCCAUUUCCACAAGACUUUGAAGGAUGCGUGUGACAAGCACCAUCCUAAAUAUUACCCAGACUUCAAAAAGUGGUGUGAUAACUAUUUCUACAUCCGUCACCGAGGGGAGACGAGAGGCAUUGGUGGGAUAUUUUUUGAUGAUUUGGAUUCACCUGAUCAGGAGGAGGUCUUUAGCUUUGUGAAGAGCUGUGCUAAGACUGUGGUGCCCUGUUACUUGCCCAUUGUAAACAAACAUCUGAAUGACUCCUUUACCACUGAGGAAAAGGACUGGCAGCAAGUCAGGCGAGGCAGAUAUGUAGAAUUUAAUCUAGUGUAUGACAGAGGGGUGAAAUUUGGCCUAGCCACACCUGGGUCUCGCAUUGAGAGCAUCCUGAUGUCCCUUCCACUUACUGCAAGGUGGGAGUACAUGCACGAGCCAGCCAAAGGCACGAAAGAAGCAGAGAUGCUGGAAGCCUUACGGAACCCUAAAGAAUGGCUCUGACUGAGAGGAAGACUCGAGUCAUCAGCAACUUUGUUAAAGGAAUAGUUCACACAAAAAUGAGAAUUCUGUCAUCAUUUACUCACCCUUGUUUAUUUCCUAAUACAUAUGAUUAUCUUGUUUACAGAUUAUACAGGUUUGAAACAACAUGAGAAUGAGAAAAUGAUGACAUAGUUUUCAUUUGUGGGUGAACUACCCCUUUAAAGGGAUAGUUCACACAAAAAUGAAAAUUCUCUCAUCAUUUACUCACUCUCAUGCCAUCCCAGAUGUGUGUAUGACUUUCUUCUGCUGAACCUGACAAAGAUUUUUAAAAGAAUAUCUCAGCUCUGUAAGUCCAUACAAUGCAAGUGAAUGGUGGCCAGAACUCCAAAAG